GCGGGCACCGAGUCAUCUGGCGGAACAGCGGGCAUCGAGUCGCCUGGCAAGACUGCGGGCACCGAGUCGUCUGGCAAGACUGCGGGCACCGAGUCGUCUGGCAAGACUGCGGGCACCGAAUCACCAGGCACGACAGUGGGCUCUGACUCAAUUGGCACGACAGCGGGCACCGGGUCAUCAGGUACCGGAUUGUCUGGCUCGACAGCGGGCAUCGGGUCACCAGGUAUGACAGCGGGCACUGGGUCACCAGGCAUCAGGUCAUUUGGCUCGCCAGCGGGCACCGCGUCAUCUGGCAAGGCAGUGGGCACCGAGUCACCAGGUACGACAGCGGGCUCUGAGUCAAUUGGCACGACAGCGGGCACCGGGUCAUCAGGUACCGAUUGUCUGGCUCGACAGCGGGCAUCGGGUCACCAGGCAUCAGGUCAUUUGGCUUGCCAGCGGGCACCGCGUCAUCUGGCAAGGCAGUGGGCAUCGGGUCACCAGGCCUAAUAGGAUCGUCAGGCUGGAUCAGUUCAUCAUGCUGGGUAGAGGCAUCAGGCUGAAUGCAGGCAUCCGGCUGAGUAAAGGCAUCAGGCUGAGUAGAGGCAUCAGGCUGAGUAGAGGCAUCAGGCUGAGUAGAGGCAUCAGGCUGAGUAGAGGCAUCAGGCUGAGUAGAGGCUUCAUGCUGAGUAGAAGCUUCAUGCUGAGUAGAGG